AUGAAGGUCUUUUCUCUACUCGCCUUCGUUGCGCCUAUCGGCCUGGCUCUAGGCGCAGCCAUCCCGAACCGACUAGUCCAACGGCAGUCUACCUCAUCUCAAGGCACAUUUGAAGCGAUUGGUCACGAUCUCGAGCGAUUCAAGGUCGACCUCAGCCUUUUGCAAGCGUCGACCGCAGCUUAUUACGGUCCUGCCAACCUUCCUGCUGGCCAGCGUAUCAUCAAGAAUCUCUCCGAUCUAGCAGCAACGCUCGAGCAAGCUACAGAUGAUGCGGAAUCAUAUGCUCGAUCGAUUCACAGCAGUGCUCAGCAAGAGUCUGAUUCCCAGCAAGUUGUUGCCGCGAUCAACAGUGUUGCUCCCUACGCCCGUGACACCGUCAAUACGCUCAUUGACAAACGCGACGACUUGGAGGCCGGCCCGUUUGACGCUGUGUUCGGUAAUGCGCUUAUUCUUAUCAACCUACGAACAACCUUGGAUGAUAUCAUCGACCUUGCAAAUGCCCUGGUUGAUGCAGUGUCGUUCGAUCAAAUUGCCAAUGUUCGACAAGCUUUUGCGCCUAUCGUCCAGGACGUCACCAGAGCAUACAACUACUACACGGGCUUCUAA